AUGGCUUCAAAAUCUCUACCUGCCCGUGGAGGCCCUGACAGCAAGGCCGUUACUCCCGGCGCUCCUAACCAGACGCUCUACUGCACAAAUUUGCCCGACAAAAGAAUUCAGAAAAAUGAUCUCCGGACGGCACUUUAUUCCCUAUUCUCCACAUACGGCACCGUUCUCGACGUCGUGGCCAUGAAGACGAGCAAAAUGCGAGGCCAGGCCCAUAUUGUGUUCAAGGAUGUCCAAGCCAGUACGCAGGCACUGCGCGCUUUACAAGGAUUCGAGUUCUUCGGGAAGCAGAUGAAAAUCGUGUACGCCAAAGGAUCAUCAAAUGUCAUUUCCAAACUUCGCGGUACCUACGUUGCGCCAACUGAGGCUGCGGCAGCCCCAGUCACCACAGACCUCCAAAAGUCCAUCUUCAGUGGUCCUCCGGGUGCACUCCCUCCACGACCCACCGGUGCCAAUGGAGAGACUCAUGGCUUGAAGCGACCGCGUGAAGAGGAAAGCGAUAACGAAGAGGCUCCGAUGGACGAAGAUAGCGACGUGCCUAUGGAAGCUUCCUCAGAUGAGGAGUAA